UUAAUGCAACCUUUCCUCUUUCAUGCCCGAAUCCUCUCUCUCUCAUUGGUCUUUCCCAUUACAACUUUUCCACUUCCCUCAACAAAACAUCCUCCUCUUUCUUCUUCUUCUUCUUCUUCUUCUUCUUCUUUCCACUUCUCUCUAACACCCCAUUUUCGAUUCUCCAUUUUCCUUCCCUUAUGAUGAUCGCACUAGCAUCAACUUAAGGUGAGAUCAAACCCCAAAACCACUCCAUCAAUGGGUUCCUGUGCUUCAAUCCACAGAAAUCCCGAUUCCGCCAUGAAAUUCAAACUCUCACUUGCUUCCAAAACCACCGAUAUGGAAAUUCCCCCUUCACCCAUCAAACAAAACAACACUCCCAUCAACCCCACCGUCUUUCUCAAAUCUCAGACCUCCCCUUCUCACUUGGGAUUCAAGAAUUCUCAUGUAUUAAGCUUGAACUUGGGAACUCGAAGAACUUCUCUCGCACGUCUUAAGUUAUUACCAACAGGACUGCCUUUUUGGGCAAAUUUAUUACUAUUCCUAGUUUAAUUUAUCCUUGCCUAUUUGGUUUUUGGGGCAAUGGAAUCAAUUGCCUUGUUUAGUCAUUAUCAGAGAACGGAGAAAAUGAUGGAUGGAAGUAAGACUUCUAUUCCUAGAAUUGCAUAGCAGAAGCAGUUUCUGGUCUUCUCGUUAAUAAAGAAGUUUUGUCUCCGUUUCAAAAAAAAGAGCAGUUUCUGGUCUAGGAUUUCUUUCACAAAUCACAAGGAUGCUGUAACUCAGUUCCAUUGAGAUCUUCAAAUGUUUAUUCACUCGUCCUUCCUAUGUUUGGGGUUCCAAAUUUUUAUUGUUUUGAUGUGGUGGCCCAAACUCAUUAUGAUCAAAGGUAGCAAAGAUGAAGCGUUUUUUGAUUCACGAGGCUGGUUGGAUUCGGAUUGUGAAGAUGAUUUCUACAGUGUUAAUGGUGAUUUCACUCCUUCGCGAGGAAAUACUCCCGUACACUCCAGCUUCUCCUCUGGUACUCCUCGGAUCAACCAAGUUCAUGGCAUUGAUGAUCAAACUCCAAUCACCAUUCCGGAACCAUCGCCAACCGGAAAGAAGAGGCUGGCUGAACUUUUCAGGGAGAGCUCUAGAAAUGGCACAGACAGACAAGCCAAACCGACCCUAAAUGAACUCGCCUUGCAGUCGAAUCCUGAAACGCCUUACAUUUCAGGAACAAACUCUGUAUGCAGCAGUGAGAGGACCCCAAAUGGAGAUGUCUGGGGUGAGAAGGAAAGGCCAUUUGGAUCUGUACAAUGCUGCCUCCCAAGCUUGGGAUCAUGUCAUAGCUUUGGUGACCGGAGGAAGAAGGCAAGCCCUGCCAUAGCUGUGUAGUACAAGCACUGAUCCAACAUGCCAUAAGCUGUGAAUUCCCCUCUGGUUCUGCCAUUGUGAGACCCCAAAGCUCAUGGAGUUCACAAUUGUUCAGAAAUAUGUAAAGUUCUGAAAUAUUCGAAACAAAUGCCGCAGCAGUGAUGGAGAGGCAGUGUUGCUGUUGUUGAAGGCAUUGCUUAUAUAUAGAUAUGUUAGAUUCCUAGUACAGUGUUUCAUAUCAUAUGUAAGAAAACAAAGAGGAGAAAGGAAGAAUAAAGGUAUAAAGAAAGUAAUAAGACUUUUUUUUUGCACCUUAAGUUUGUUUUUUACUAUGAGAAUUAUAAUUAAAGCC